AUGGUAGGGAUAAAGGGGGGCGAGUUCAAACCUGGGUCAUUCUGUAAUCCCUCCAACUCACGGAAUGUCACGUCAGGUCACUCUGUUACCCACAAGGUCACCACACGCUGGAGAUGUCCCAGGACCGUUGGAACUCCUGUUUCCUUGAAGUUCUGUCUUCACAUUAAUUCAGUCAUUUCUACGAAUUUCUACGAUAAUUUUCCACAAUAUGACGUGGAAUUGUGGAUGUUCUCUGACAAGAAUACUCCCCGUGCUCAGAGCAUGCUUGCGGGCGUCUGCACUGUGUCGCACGUGGUAAUGCGUGGCCAGGACGUGAUGGCCCGUGAAGGAGCCACGGGGGAGGCAGAAGAUGAUUCAUCGUUGAUGAACUCGCGUAUUACUCAUUUGGUCAAAGAAAUGGCGGUGUACAUCUUCCACGAAGGAACUCGUGUGUUGCCAUUCUUCGUUCUAUUCAUGGAGGCUCAACUUCUGAAGAUGAUGAAACAGCAUGAAUCAGCGAGCAUGUGUAAGUCUUCUUCUUCUUCUUCUUCUUCUUCUUCUUCUUCUUCUUCUUCUUCUUCUUCUUCUUCUUCUUCUUCUUCUUCUUCUUCUUCUUCUUCUUCUUCUUCUUCUUCUUCUUCUUCUUCUUCUUCUUCUUCUUCUUCUUCUUCUUCUUCUUCUUCUUCUUCUUCUUCUUCUUCUUCUUCUUCUUCUUCUUCUUCUUCUUCUUCUUCUUCUUCUUCUUCUUCUUCUUCUUCUUCUUCUUCUUCUUCUUCUUCUUCUUCUUCUUCUUCUUCUUCUUCUUCUUCUUCUUCUUCUUCUUCUUCUUCUUCUUCUUCUUCUUCUUCUUCUUCUUCUUCUUCUUCUUCUUCUUCUUCUUCUUCUUCUUCUUCUUCUUCUUCUUCUUCUUCUUCUUCUUCUUCUUCUUCUUCUUCUUCUUCUUCUUCUUCUUCUUCUUCUUCUUCUUCUUCUUCUUCUUCUUCUUCUUCUUCUUCUUCUUCUUCUUCUUCUUCUUCUUCUUCUUCUUCUUCUUCUUCUUCUUCUUCUUCUUCUUCUUCUUCUUCUUCUUCUUCUUCUUCUUCUUCUUCUUCUUCUUCUUCUUCUUCUUCUUCUUCUUCUUCUUCUUCUUCUUCUUCUUCUUCUUCUUCUUCUUCUUCUUCUUCUUCUUCUUCUUCUUCUUCUUCUUCUUCUUCUUCUUCUUCUUCUUCUUCUUCUUCUUCUUCUUCUUCUUCUUCUUCUUCUUCUUCUUCUUCUUCUUCUUCUUCUUCUUCUUCUUCUUCUUCUUCUUCUUCUUCUUCUUCUUCUUCUUCUUCUUCUUCUUCUUCUUCUUCUUCUUCUUCUUCUUCUUCUUCUUCUUCUUCUUCUUCUUCUUCUUCUUCUUCUUCUUCUUCUUCUUCUUCUUCUUCUUCUUCUUCUUCUUCUUCUUCUUCUUCUUCUUCUUCUUCUUCUUCUUCUUCUUCUUCUUCUUCUUCUUCUUCUUCUUCUUCUUCUUCUUCUUCUUCUUCUUCUUCUUCUUCAUCAUCAUCAUCAUCAUCAUCAUCAUCAUCAUCAUCAUCAUCAUCAUCAUCAUCAUCAUCAUCAUCAUCAUCAUCAUCAUCAUCAUCAUCAUCAUCAUCAUCAUCAUCAUCCUCCUCCUCCUCCUCCUCCUCCUCCUCCUCCUCCUCCUCCUCCGAACAUGCACCCCAAUUAUCUCGGGCACCAUCAGCUGACGUAAACUCUCUAGUUGUGCGUACAGCGAUCCUUGUGCAUUGUACUCUGAACUAUACAUCAAGACGGGGGAACCAGGACGCGGCGCUGAACGAUCUCCUACGUCCGUCUGGGCUUAUUGUUGAGGGCGAGGCUGGGAGGCAGGAGGCAGUCACAGGGCUAAAACAGUUGGCUGUCUGUUUCGCAUUAGGUAAUUGGGCUAGUUCGUUGACGAGAUUCAGAUUCAGAUCUCCCCCCUCCCCCCCUGAAAUAAUUCUCGACAAGACCUGUACAGAAGCUCAAGAAGUCCACUUCUUUCCUUCUCUGCGCCUGAGUACAACCUCCUUGUAA